CGCAUUUCGCCUUUGCGUCGGCUACAGAUCGUUUUUCCACGCUUCGCUGUUGCCCGUGAACUCUAGAGAGUGGCCCAGUGCCAAUCGCUUCCUGCGCAGCUAUUGGGAAAUGGAUACAGGCGCCAACCCGGAAGCUCAGGUUGAGCAAAAGCCUGACGAGCCCGUCAAGUCAAUCGAGGAUGGCAACAAGGGCGACACUAGCCAGCCGGUGGCGGUGGGAGGAGUAAGCGACGAACAAUGGAAGACCAUGAUGGAUGUGGUUAUGGCAAUCUAUGAGUACAGAGAAGAGGAUGGACAUGAUCCCUCCAGGCUAUUCCAACGCAGCGUCAACAAGCGCAAUGUCCCCGAUUACUACGAGAUAAUCAAGGAGCCCAUGGCCUUAAGUAUCCUGAAGCAGAAGAUUAACAAGCGCGAGUAUAAGAAGUUUGCUGAGUUCGUUCGGGACUGCGCUCUGAUCCCGCAUAAUGCGCAAACAUACAACCGUCCCAACUCUCAAGCAUACGAAGAUGCGCUUGUGAUAAAAGAUGUUUUCAUCGCAGAAUUUGCGAAACUAGUCGAACAGGGCCUUAUUGCCGCCGAAGAGGCAGAGCUGCCUGACCUGGGAGAGAUUCCCGAGGCCGACCCUCUGCCUCUAGAAGAGGAGGACGAUGAUGAAGAUGAUGAAGACGAAGACGACGAGGACGACUCUGAUGACGAAAGCCGACGGAAGAGAAAACGGCCUGGUCGGCAACCUGGCAAGCGAGAGGGCGCUCGAGAAGAUGGUCAAAAGUCUCAUGAACCGGAGAGUAGGAAGAAGAGAGGCAGACCACCCCGUGUCGAUACGCCCAUGGAAGCGCGAAUCAAAGCUGUCCUGAAGGGUAUACGGAAAUUGAAGGAUCCCCAUGGCCAGCUCAAGGUCCGGCAUUUCGAAAGGCUGCCUGAUAAAGCGGUCUAUCCGGACUACUACAUGGAGAUCAAAGAACCAAUUGCUAUCGACCUUAUCAAGAGGAAGUCGAAGCGGAAGAAAUACAACUCGGUCGAUCACUUCAUGCGUGAUAUGGACUUGAUGUUCAACAACGCCAAGUUUUACAAUCAACCCGACAGCCAGAUUUACAGAGACGCUGCCGAUUUGCAGGCGGAGGCUCGCAAGUUGGCUGAGCAGGAAAAGAAGAAACCGGAUACCGAGUAUCUCAUGGAGGACGGCCGUUUGCCCCUUCCUGAUGGUAUCUUUCAUAAAUCGGAGUUGUGGAAAGUCGGAGACUGGGUUCAUAUUCAGAACCCCAACGACGUGACUAAGCCCAUCGUGGGCCAAAUCUAUCGAACCUGGCAGGACUCUGAGGGAGACAAAUGGGUCAAUGCCUGUUGGUAUUAUCGGCCAGAACAAACAGUCCACCACUUCGAGAAGCAUUUCUACCCCAACGAGGUUGUCAAGACGGGGCAGUACCGAGACCAUCGGAUCGACGAGGUGAUUGACCGGUGCUUUGUCAUGUUCUUCACUCGCUACAACAGGGGGCGACCUCGCGGUCUCCCUCCGGACAAAGAGGUCUAUGUGUGUGAAGCUCGGUACAACGAAGAAAAACAUAAACUGAAUAAGAUCAAAACGUGGGCUAGCUGCCUGCCGGAUGAAGUCAGAGAAAAGGACUACGAAAUGGAUCUCUUCGAUGUUCCCCGGAAGAUCAGAAAAAUCCCGAGUCCCAUAAAACAUCUAUUAAAGCAAGAUGCAAAGGAAACUGAUGACCUUCCCAAGCCGACUUGGGGCGCAGAAAAUGCGCCGCCAGUUGUUGGGGCGGUCCAUCGUCGUCCACGAGAUGAAAAUGAGUCUCCUCCCCCCGAGCCAACUCCUUCUCCACCCCCACAACCUCUUCCUCAGGCGACACUUCCUCAAAUCCCUAGACCGUCAUCGAUCAGUCAGGCUCCCGCACGACCUGGACUAGAUAGUCAAGGCGACAGUAUCAUGACCAACGCCGUACCACCUUCACAGUCUCCUGCUGCACCAAUUCCGGCGACCCAGGUCCCUGCAGCCCAGAUCCGAUCGCCAGCAUACCAACAGCAGCCUCAGGUCAUGCCAGCUCCUGUCUACCAACCCACCCUUCAGCGGCGGUCAAGCGGCUUUGCUCCGCAAGCCCCUCUCCCAGCUGCUUACCCAACACAGGCAGUCCCCUCGCCAUACGCUGCACUUCCAUCUGCUUACACGCCUUACCAGGCAAAUCGUAUACACACGAUGCCGACAGUGUACAACCCCAAUGCGCCUCGCCCCAUUGAAGUUUUCCACCUGAGCGAUGCUGCAAAUGCCGCCAUUCCCCUUGAGAUCCGUGAGCAGUUUCACUGUGAUGAUCAAGGACAUGUUCUUUUCUUUUCUACUCCGCCGAUGGACAUCCUCCCCCCGGCCCAAAAGAGCCUGGGCCAUUCGCUUCGAUACCUUGCCGCCCGUGAAGAGCGGCGCAGUCUCAUCGAGCAGCGAAAACGCAAAUUCCAAGAGGAGCAGGAACAAGAGCAGGCCGGCAUCAAGCGGCUCCGUGCAGCGGAGGAGACUGAUCUUCUCUCGCGAAUCGAGGCCCUCAAGUCAAAGGCUGUCAAGGCCAUGACUGACCAGGUCCUGGCUGGAGCCAAUAAGCUCUACGAGGAACUUCAGAUCCCAAACGCGGAGGCCAGUCUCCGGGAGGAUGUCGAGAGGCUGGAGCGCAAGAUCACAGCAGACCGUCUUUUAUUAGAACAAGCUGCGCAGUCGGAAUCGCCCGAGUUGGUUGGCCUCAAGGGCAAUGCAUAUUAUAUGGGUGAUAUCGAUUUGAGGAAUUGAUGGGUCGGGGCAUUAAAUUAGGGGCUAUUGCAACGCUUUUUCUUCAAAUUAAUACUGCCUGUCUUUUUUUCCCUUCUUUGUAUCCUGCUAUGCGCCCCAGCAAGAUGGCAUAGUGUAAGUCAGGAAUGGUAGAUUGAAGUUCCCUUUCAAUUAAUUGCGGAAAUCGGGUACCUAUAGUAGUUCUCUAAUCGGUCUAUUGUGAUAUGCGUAUUCGUCGUCUUCCAAGAUGCCAGUGCCAGUGGCACCGCUAUAGGCUGAACUUGGAAUUUGCUCGAAGCAGGCCAUAUGUCCGGACUAAUAAAUG